ACAGUAAUGGGGCACUCUGUAUCCGUUCACGCUGUCGUUUUGUCCAUCAUCCUCUUCGUUGCCGGCGCCUACUUGUGCUUUGUUGGCGGCGUGCACCAACACUUUACCAUGUUCAUCGUCGGCUUCUUGGUAGGCGCAAACGUCGCAUACAUCAUCCUGAGCAACGCCAAACAGGACUACGGCGAGAACACGGAAACGAUUUUGCUUGUUGUAUCGGUGAUUGUGGGUGUACUUGCAGGAGCUAUUUUAUCAUGCUGCUUCUUCUUGGCUGUGUAUUUGCUGGGUGCCCUGUUGGGCUACCUCGUUGCACUGUGGCUGUUGGCUUGGGACGACGGAGGCCUGAUCACAUCCAACUGGGGCCGCGCCAUUCUUAUCGUCUGCUUUGUCGUCGUCGGUAUUGUGUUGGUCGCCUUCUUUGAACGUCCCAUUAUCGUCGUUGCCACUGCAUUCGUCGGCUCGUUCUUGGUGUUCUUUGGCGUCGACUUGUACGUGCAAACCGGUUUUACCGACGCGGUCGCUUCGUUCUUGCAUGCCCGCGAUGCAGAUGUCCUAAUCCAAUCAACGCCUGGUGUCCGUGGUAUGCUGGGCGGUACUCUUGGCCUGACGAUCUUGUCGGUUUUGAUUCAAUGGAUGCUUGUACGCAGACGAAACCAACCCGUGGGUGUUUGGUCGCAACAGUACCCCAUGCGUGGUGGCGGUGGCUACGGCUGGCGCCGCGUGAACUAA